AUGUCCUCCAAUCAUCAGCAAGACGGUUUACGUAAUUCCCGAGAUGCCAAUUCUUUAUUUGUUGGUCCUAAUUUUCGAGUCGGAAAAAAGAUCGGUUGCGGAAAUUUCGGUGAAAUUCGAUUAGGCAAAAAUCUCUACACCAACGAGCACGUGGCUAUCAAACUGGAGCCUAUGAAAACACGUGCACCGCAACUGCAUUUGGAGUAUCGCUUCUAUCGCAUGUUGCAGACUGGUAAUGCUGUUGGUUUCCCUAUGGUGUACUAUUUCGGUCCUGUGGGUCGCCACAACGGCCUCGUGAUGGAACUCCUUGGUCCAUCGCUGGAGGAUCUCUUUGAAAUUUGCAAUCGGCAGUUCUCCCUCAAAACUGUUAUCAUGAUCGCCCUACAACUUCUCCAGCGAAUAGAAUAUGUGCAUUCUCACCAUCUGAUAUACCGUGACGUGAAGCCUGAGAACUUUCUGAUUGGCCGACAGUCCUAUGACCGGCACCGCAUAAUCUACAUGAUCGACUUCGGUUUGGCCAAGGAGUAUAUCGACCCAGACACCGGUAAACACAUCCCCUUUAAAGACCACAAAAGUCUCACCGGCACCGCUCGGUACAUGAGUAUCAAUACCCACCUCGGCAAAGAGCAAUCGCGGCGGGACGACCUUGAGGCGUUAGGUCAUAUGUUCAUCUAUUUCUUGCGUGGUUGUCUCCCCUGGCAGGGUCUCAAGGCAGAGAGUCUCCGUGAACGCUACCAAAAAAUCGGCGACACCAAAUGCGCCACUCCAAUCGAUGUCUUGUGCCAGGGCUAUUCCGAAAUGGCUACCUACCUGCGUUACGUUCGAAGUUUGGACUUUUUCGAGGUUCCAAACUAUGAGUACUUGCGAUGGAUCUUUACCGAUCUCAUGAAACGCCAGCGAUGGGAACUCGAUUGGGAGUUUGACUGGUGCUACCGACCCCUCCCCGGUGCUCCUAAAGGCAGUGUACAGCAUCAGAAUAGUAGUGUGCCUGCACCGCCACAAACCGAUCCAAAUCCUGUCGCAGGUCAUUCCACUCAGCAUCCCCCUGCUCCCAAUGCCACCACCGCCCCCUCCUAUUGGUCCACUCAUCAAAGAAAGAUAAUCGACGCUAACGGCGAUGAUAAGCAACUACUCGGAGGCUGCGAUUCCAUUUUGCCUAGUGAUAUGCCACUGGCGGAGGUGGUACCACAACCGCCGCCACAGUCCGGUGGAGCCUAUCAUCCCGCUGGCAACACACAACAAACCCCUUCCAAUGCCGAAAUUGCAGAUCAACAGCAAUUUAAUUUGGCGACCUCUGCUGCUGCAAAUAAGGCUACUGUUGCAGACGCUUCUUCCGGCUCGCAGGCUUGCGGGUAA